AUGUCCCCGCGUCGUUCCUCACGAGCCCGCAGCUCAGCAAUCCCACAAGCUCCCUCCCAAGCCGGCUCCUCAAAUUCGUCGACCUACGCAAAGAACACUCGUACUGCACAACGCUCAGAGUCCAUCGAGGAUUCUGCUACACUCGACGGCGACGCCUCCACGGAACCGAUGGCGCCACGACGGAGCCGACGCAAUGGCGCCGAAGACUCUCGAGACCCCUCUCAGAUCGCAAAACAAGAGCCUGGCCUAGAAAGCAUGCAAGAUCCACUUGAAGAUGAUCCUGAAGAAGUCACACGCUGCAUAUGUGGUAGCUCGGAGUAUCCGGGCCCAACGCCCUCUGUGGUGGCCGCGGGGAAAACCUCAUCGGUAGACCCCUUCAAUAAAGACAUUGGCGACUUUUUCGUCCAGUGCGAUAAAUGUCUUGUGUGGCAGCACGGCGGCUGUAUGGGUUUCCACGACGAGGCAAAUUUGCCAGAAGAAUACUACUGCGAACUGUGCAAGCCCAAGCUACACAAAAUUGAAAUCACUACCCACGGCAAACGAUCCCACUACCUCCCCAACCAACAGCCGCAGCCGCAGCCGCAGCCAGAGAAACCUCAAUCUUCUAGAUCCUCCUCCCUCUCCUCUGGCGACCCUAGUAAGAAAGAAAGCAAGAAUGCUAUGUCUGAAAGCACCAGAAGACGGGCGACCAUGAACAGUCGCGGUGCGUAUGAUGAGGACGAAGCCCUGCGGCGGGCCAUUGAAGAGAGCAACCGGGAGCUCGGGGUAGGCACGCUCGGUAAACGGGCAAGAGAAGACGGGGAUGAGUCGAAGCCAGCGAUGAAGCGACAACGAACAGGUUCGGUUUCGUCCGAGUCCAGACACAGUGCAUCGCCUCCAGCCACAGAUGACGGUUCUACGAAAGCAGGAGUCAGGAGCAAGCAGUCGUUGCGUGGGCUGGCAGCAAAGAAUAGUAAAGAGCGAGAGGCAAGGGAUAAAGCAAAGGAACAGCAGGCUGCUGCUCGUGCCGAAGCCGCAAGCAAACGCAACGCACGUUCCGAGCGCAGACGAGGAGAAGGUCGGUCGCAGAUCGAAGCUGACAAACUUGGAGCGCUCGUGCUGACAACCGAUAUAGACUCACCCCCGCCGUCGCCCUCCGUAUCACCGUCCAAGGCCCUCGGUGCAGCCUUGCAGAGACGCAAAGACAAGGCAGAAACACCGCCAGCUUCGUCUAGACCUGCCCCCAAACCCAAAAAUUCGCGGAAUCGUGGAGGCCGGCGGGUCGGCCGGAACCAGUACACCAGAGAUAGGGAUUUCAAUGGAAUGCUUGACUCGGGCACACCUAUGGGUGACAUGAGUGAACAUAAUGGGAAUGCCAACGGCAGGAACUCUCCCGGACAUUACAACAUCAACGGUGAAAGCGGCCGCAGCAGCAAAGCCAAAACACAUCCGGCACGGACCAGUCUUAACGAGAUGAAGCGUCGUGUCGCGGCCAUUCUGGAGUUUGUAGGCCAGAUGCAAACGCAGUCCAGCCGGCACUUGGCUGCGAACAAAGGAGGAGGAAGAGCAGGAGGAGGGGCCGAUCAGAGUGGCAGCGGCAGCAGCAGCGAAAAGGGCACACCCGCCGCUGCAGCUGCCACCGCGGCCGCGGGCGUGGCCAGUCUGGUGAAAGCGGUGCAAGCCGCGACCGAGGACGUGGCCGAGGCCGAGGCGCUGGACGAAGACGGCGACGCCGCGAAAGGAAAGCUCCGGUUUCGCGACGAUGGCGAGUUUCGUGACAUGGGCAGCACCGAGAUGAUGGAGGCGUUGACCCGUGAGCUCAUUGCUUGGCAGAAGGUCUUUGGCGUUUAUUCCAAGUGA